CGAAGUUUGCCCAGCCCAGGCUCCCUUCCCUCGCCUGCGUCGGAGCCGCUCGGGUGCUCGGGGCUGGACGGGACGGCGGAGCCCAGCGCGGUGGGGAAGGGGCAGCUCAUGUCCCUGCCGAGCCCCGCAUGGCCCCAGCGAGAUGAGCCCCCCCCCUGCGGCACCGCCACCGGCCUCCCUCCAGCCUCGUCCGACAGCGACUCCGGCUGUGCCCUGGAAGAGUACCUGGAGCCCCCCGCAGACCCCGCGUCCCCCGAGGUCCCCGUGUGCUUUGAGAGCCGCUCACCGGAGCCUGCCUCUCCCGCUGACCGGAGCCGGCUCCGCGUCAAAGCCCUCCUGCAGCAGCUGCCUCCUCAGGACUGCGAUGAGCGGUACUGCCCUGGCCUCGCGGAGGAGGAGAGGAAGCAGCUCCGAGCGUUCAGCGCCCGCCGGAGACGGGAGGCGCUGGGGCAGGGGCUGGCAUGUCCCGUGCCAGGUCCCUGCCACGGCUGUCCCUGCAAGGAGUGCGGCCGGAGGCUGAACAAAGGCGACCCCGGGAUUUCGGCGUCCCGGCUGGGAGACCAGUUCUGGCACCCGUCCUGCUUCUCCUGCCACUUCUGCCGCCAGCCCCUGGUGGACCUCAUCUACUUCCAGCAGGACGGGAGGAUUUACUGCGGCCGGCACCACGCCGAGCUCUUCCGGCCCCGCUGCGCCUCCUGCGACCAGCUGAUCUUCAUGGAGGAGUGCAUCGAGGCGGAGGGCCGGCGCUGGCACCCGGAGCACUUCUGCUGCCUGGAGUGCGACGCGCCGCUGUGUGGGCAGCGCUACGUGAUGAGGAGCGGGCGGCCCUGCUGCCGCGGCUGCUUCGAGAGCCUCUUCGCCGAGCCGUGCCAGGCCUGCGGGGACCCCAUCGGCGUCGACAGCGAGGAGGCCACGCACCAGGGGCUCCACUGGCACGCCCGAGCCCCCUGCUUCUGCUGCAGCCUGUGCCGAAAGCCGCUGCGGGGGCAGCCCCUCACCGCUCGCCACGGGCGGCUCUUCUGCUCCGAGAGCUGCAGCCUGGGGCGGGACGCGGCCUCCAGCGCCUCCGACUCCUCCGACUCAGCCUUCGUCUCGGCCCCGUCCCCCGACUCGACGCCCGUCUCCCGAGCCGGCCACGCAGCCAGGACCGCGAUGGGGAGCGCCUCGGCGGCCGGGGGGUGCAGGCAGCGGGUGGAAGGGGCCGAGCUGUUUCUGGAUCAGGCCUCCCUGCAUCCUGCGUUCAGGAGCCUCGAUGACCACGAAGCAGCCACGGAGAGGAGCAGGGACGCAGCGCACGCGGGGAUGCAGGGGCCACUGGGCAGCCCCCAGCCCGACACAGAGGGUCCCAAGGGGCUUGGAGCCCCAGGCCACCCGGUUUCGGGGGCUCCUGGUGCCCGAACACCAGCAGGUGACGGAAACCCACACCUCCAAGCGGGGCUGUCCCCUGCCCUACAAAGCCCACGGCCAGACGACAUCGACCUGCAGGACAUCACGGAAGAGGAUGACUCCUGGUGUCCCACCUGCUCCUCAUCUUCAGACUCGGACUCAGAAGAGGAGGGCUUCUUCUUUGGGAAGCCCAUUCCCAAGCCCGGGAUGAGCUCCCUGGGCAGGGAGCCCCCGGAGCGGGCCGGGUGCAGGACGGCGAAGCCGCGGGGCAGCAGCAAGCACUGCAGCGUGUCCUAGCGCGGGGCCGCUCAGCGAGCGGGGGCCCCCUCGCCGGGGUAGCACUUUGCACGGUAUUUAAGCAGGAGGACAGCAGGUGGAGGAGGGGGGGGGGGGGUGUCCUUUUCCCCGGCCCCACCGCAUCCUGCCGGCCCCUGCCGUGGUCUCCGUGCAUUCCGAGCGCGUUUUGGACACGGCCCAAGGCUGGUGGGGAGAAGCCGCCGGGAUCCUUUCAGCGGCAGCUGCAGGCGAAGCACAGCCUGCAAUUCCUGCUGGCCUCUCCCGCAAUUAGGAACAGGUAAAGCGAGUAGGGAGCAGGGAGGCAGCAGCCCACACCGGGGCACGGUCUCCAGCUCCCGUCCCAGACAAGCCGGCAGCCUCGGAGAGCAGCCGCGCGCCAGGGAGGGCGGCCAGGGGCUUAGGACAAGGGCAGAGACCUGCACCGUCCUGCGGCAGGGGCUCCUGCCCGACUUGGACAGGAGGGGUCUGGCCACCGGGGUCAGAUCCAGACGCCGGGUGGGGGGUCUCUCACCCGCAGGGACUCUUUGGAGGGGCACUGAUGCUGUCCCGUAGGGUGCUGCCACCCCGGGGAGGGGAACGGUGGGGCAGCCCCGCUGCCCCCGCGGACGAUGCUCCAAUAAAGCUCAGCUGAGACCUGAACGCAGGAG